UCUCUCCCUGUUUCUCCUUUUGUAUUGUUUCAUGUCCAAAGACUAAGAUGAACCCCUUCUGGAAUUUUAUUUGAGGCGCGGAAAAAAGGGGGUCGGAGGCGUUGCAAGGAAGGGUGUCGCCAAGGCUCCUGCAAGAUGAUGCUGAGCCCGGACCAGGCGCUGGACUCGGACCACCCGUCGUCGGCGCCGUCGGACCCGGAGUCCCUGGAGGCCAAAGGGCUUCGCAGCUGCUGCGCCUCGGACUUGGAGGCGCCCGACGGCGACGGGGCGGGAGGGGGAGGCGGCGGCGAGGGUCGCCCGGGGCCGCACCCUCAGCAGCCGCUGAGCCGCGAGGAGAAGCGCCGCCGGCGCCGCGCCACGGCCAAGUACCGCUCGGCGCACGCCACCCGGGAGCGCAUCCGCGUCGAGGCCUUCAACCUGGCCUUCGCCGAGUUGCGCAAACUGCUGCCCACGCUGCCGCCCGACAAGAAGCUCUCCAAGAUCGAGAUCCUGCGCCUGGCCAUCUGCUACAUCUCCUAUCUCAAUCACGUCCUCGACGUGUAGGACAGGCGCGCGCCUCCCUCCAGGGGCGGCGCGAGGCGGGGCGGAGAGGGCAACAAACCGAGGACCCGGGGGUGGGGUUGACGGCGGCGACGACCGGAAAGGCA